CAAAGAUCACGCAACUCUUGCGCCCUUUGAGUCAUUUCUUCGCGGAACCAUUCUAGCAAGUCCUUGCCCUACGCCCCAUCCACCUGCAGGUCAUCACGUCGUCUUCCGGAGAAGAUGGGUCUCAAGGAAGCAUUCUUACGGUCUCCACUGGCGACAUAUGGCAGGAGAAUCAAAGCCGCGCCUCGCGAGGUCAUCUUCAACCGCAACUUGAUACUCUCUGCGCUGCUGUAUGCUUCGUCUGCAAUCCCUACAACAUGGGACCAAGGCUCAUCCGCGACCAUGGCCUCGCUUCCGGGUUUCCAACGACACUUUGGAAUCAGCUCGGGUACCGACGCUCAGGCCAUCAAGAACUUUGUCUCGAUCGUCUACAUUGGAAUGGCCAGCGGCGCCUUGCUGUCCUUCUUCGUCAACGACCGAAUCGGCCGACGGUGGUCAUAUAGACUGUACAUCGCGGUGUGGACACUGGGUCAGAUCGUCGCCACUCUCGCUCCGGGAUUAGCUGGGCUAUAUGCGGCUCGAAUAAUCACCGGCUUGGGGAUGGGGGGUCUGACGGUGACUGGGCCAAUGAGUCUCGUGGAGAUCGCCCCAGCUGAGAUACGUGGUCUUCUCGCAUCAUGGUUCACGGUCGCCAUGGGAUUCGCGUUGGUGUCCGCGAACUUCUGCGUGCUUGGAGUUUUCGAACACAUUCCUCCGGGCAGACUUCAGUUCCAAGUCGUCUUCUUCAGUCCUUGCGUCUUCAUGUGGCUGUGUGUCGGCGCCAGCUUCUUCUUCAUGUGCGAGUCGCCGAGGUGGCUGAUGCUGGUGGAUCGGCAUGACGAAGGGGCAAAGACACUAUCUCGACUUCGAGGUCUACCGGCGGAUCACCCCAGGGUGUUGAGAGAGAUGAGUGAGAUCCAAACCUCCAUGCAGCUCGCUAGGGAACAGUACGGAGACGACCACCACAAGGGUAUCGUCAGCAUUCUCAAGGAGACUUUUACCGUUCCUUCCAACCUCCGUCGGGUCCAGCAGACCCUCGUGUCGUACGGACUCGCGCAACUGUCGGGCGCCAACUCGGUCACGUCGUAUUUCAUACCAAUCCUGACGUUGAUGGGCGUGGGAGGAGGUACAACCCGCAACAUCUUCUUGAGCGGCAUGUACGCGGUUUCCAAACUCGUGUUUGCCAUCAUCGCAUCAUUCUUCUUCAUCGAUGCGUUGGGGAGACGCAAGUCGCUCUUUGUGGGUAUCCUCUUUCAGGGUAUCUCGGAUAUUUAUCUUGGUGUCUACAUCAAGUAUAAGCAAGAAGGCGAUGCAUCGGCUGCUUCAUCCCGUGCCGCAAUUGGACUCAUCUUUAUCCAUGCCUUUGGUUAUGCUGUUGGUCUCUUCGCCCUACCAUACGUCUUUGGUGGAGAACUUUGGCCCAACAGGAUCCGUUCAUUCGGAGGUGCCAUGUCUCAGUGUUUCCACUGGUUGUUCAUCUACGCCAUGACUUACGGCACUCCUUCGUUGCUCCAAAACACCAACAAUUGGGGAGCCUUCAUCUUCUUUGCGGCCUGGUGCGGCGUAUCCCUCGGUUACGUGUACCUCGCGGUCCCCGAGCUGUCGGGCCUCAGCAUGGAAGAGAUCGACACUCUCUUCAAGGGGUCAUGGUUCAAUGCCUACAAAAAGACCAAAAUUCGUACUGUUACGAUCGAGGGAGAAGAGAAUGUCGAGGUACUUUCGUUACACAAGGGACAAAGGGAGCUCGAGAGUAACAAGGUCUGAAGGUUGCGUGUCAUGUUGGGUGGAUCUAUAUACUCCAUACUCUGUCCCAAAACACCAAGGCUACGGACAAGGACAAAUAGGUUUAGUACUCGUACGCACUCCAAGGGUUCUAAGUAAACACCCAGGCCAAAAGUUUCUUAUUUUUUUGGAAUCAAUGACGAAC